AUGUCAACCUCCUCGGAGGAAGACAGACGGAGAGCCGGGCCCGCUCCCCGGGGGGGAGAAACCGCAGAGCGGGCUUCCGAACCCAGAGAGCGGACAGUGGACCUGGAGGAUGCUCCUAGAAGCACGUCAGUAUCAGCGUCUCCAUCUGCUUCAGUGCUUUUGGGCAGUUCAGUGUCUCUGAAUUGCAGCAGUGAUGCAAACCCAGCAGUGCUGAACUACACCUGGUACAGAGAGAACGGAGAGCAGAUAGGAACCGGAAAACAUCUCACCAUCAGCAAGACUGAUUCUACACAGAGUGGUUUAUACUACUGUAGAGCUCAAAACCAGCUCGGAGAUCACAACUCAUCUGUGUACCUGGAUGUUCAGUAUGUUCCUCAGUUCUCUCCCUCCUCCAGCUGUAACACCACUCAGGAUCUGAUCCUGUGUUCCUGUGAGGUUCAUGGAAAUCCGUCUCCUAAACUGGAGUGGCGUCUCUCAGGUCAAACUGUCCUGCCGUCAGAAGCCACGCCCAUCCAAGUGGAGUCUGUGGGCAACACGAGUUUAGGAAGAUCCAUUUUGUUUUCCAUCCCUCAGUCAGUUAAGGACACGCCCACUCUGCAGUGUGUUGGCUCCAAUAAUCUGGGCAACGCCUCUCAGGUCUUCUUCUUUAUAACUAAGACUCAGAGGCCUGCUGAAGGUUCAGGUGUGGAUAUUUCCUCAGUGCUGAUUGGUCUAGCUGUUGGAGCUUCGGUAAUGAUGAUGCUGUGUGGUGUAUUCCUGUAUGUAAGGACAAAAAAUCCUUUUGGAAAAGGAGAUACAGUGAAUCCUUCUGGACAAGGAGAUAUAGUGAAUCCUUCUGGACAAGGAGAUACAGCAGGACUCAUUUUAAAUGACAAGAAAGAAGAUGAAGAGUCUGUGUAUGCAAACAAAACAUCACUUCUAUCAGAGUCGCUUCAAUCAGAGUCGCAUCAAUCAGAGUCGCUUCAUUACUCCAGUGUCAUUUUUCCAAACCGAGCAGGAAGUGAAAUCAGGGGUCUUUCUUCUCUCACUGACGAAUAUGCCCUCAUCCAACAUGGCUCCAAACAACAAACUAAGGGGGAAACUGGAGAAGCAGCAUUCAAGGAGGGCCAGGAUGAAAACGUGAUAAAAUUGGACAGAGUAAUGAUGCAAAAAUCAGCUGAAGAGGAGGUAAUGUACGGAAACAUCACUCGUCAGCCAAAAAUGGAGCAAACUCAGGCAAAUUUAGAUAAAGAUGAUAAAAUUGAAAAAUCUAAAGAAACCAAAGAGGCUAAAGAAAGAGCUUCAGAGCAGCUCAAACACUCAGAUGGAGCUGAAAGCAUUUACGCACAAGUUAAACCUCCUAAACGUGAAAAUAAAUAAAAAAUAAAUAAUGAAUAAGUGUUUAAAACCUGCUGAGAUGUUCAGGCUACAAACUAAGAGCCAGAAUUGUUUUUUUUUAAAUAUAUAUAUUUUUUAUUUCUAUAUGUGUGAUUAGAAAUAGAUGCUUGAAUGAUAAAUACCUAUUUACAUUUCUUUUAAAUCUGUAAGAUUGUUUGAAAAGAAAAGCGACAAAAAAUUUAUAAAAAUAUCAAUGCUUCAAUCACAAACUGCUUAAUGGAAUUUAUGCUCAUAGUCUAUGAGUUUAUUGCUUUGGGAAGAGAGAAGGGCUUCAUCUUUGAAAUCAUGAUGACAUUUGUGGCUUUUUUUCACUAUAAAAACAAGCAUGCUUGAAAUCCUGGUCUGAUGGACAAGCCAAAGUUAAUAGCUGUUUAUUUAUUUUUUAUCUUUUGUGUUACUUUAGUAUUUAGUACAUUGAGUGCUACUGAAAAAAAAUUCUAAAAGAAAAAGAAGGAAAAAAAAACAAAACAAAAAAAAAAGGGGCAGCACUGGCAAUUUAAAUUACGUCAGUGUUUACGUCGUGAAAGUUGCUGGUAUUCAGAGUCGGGUUACGCAGCUACUUAAGUGGAUUUUCUGAGCUCCACAUUCAGAUUAUUAAAUUAUUACUUUCUUUGCUGUCAAAUGUAAUACGAUGCAGCAUAAAGACAUAAAAGCAUGAGUAUUUUAAAACUUAAAAAUAAAAAACUAAUCUGAUGAUAUAUGAAUGAGAAGAUGGCGCGUGUUGAACUAAACUGAACAGGAGUGUCGUAUAUCACCAGUAUAUCACUGCAUGAAUAGAGCUAGCUGUAAUUCUCACAUUAAUCACUGGUUUAAUUUAACAAAAUGGCUUCCACACUCUUUAUUCAGCAGCACAGAGAAUAGCACUUGAUCCAGUGCAGACUGUUAUUUUACAUUUUAUUUCUUUUUUGAUAUUGUGCUCCGACAGUGUUUGUGUUAAUUUGAUGCUCUGUUGUAAACAAAACCUGCUCAUGGUGUGAAGGAUAAUCUGACCUACCGCUUGUCUGCUACGCUUACAGAGAAACUUUAACUUUUUUCUUUUUAUCUAAAAAAAAAUUACUCCUUGAGAUAAGAGAUGUCUCUGAUUAAGACACGUCUCCUCUGAUGUCUUUUAAUAGAACAAAAAAACAUUUUGUGUCAUAUUUCUGUAUUUAAUAUUGUCCUUCAAUGACGUUCCAGUGUGUGUGAGUGAUUUUACAGAUGAAACGUAGAUUUCAGCGUGACAUUGUGGUUCCAUCAAACUGUCAGACAGCGGCGCUGGACUUAACGCUGCUCCUCACUCGAGCCGAUAUCACGCAAGAAACAUGCGCUUAAGUCUCUGUUUUAGAUAAACUCCACCCCCUGUGUGCGAAACUCUCAGGUAACUUCUGAAUAGCGCUUACGUCAGUAGUCACAUCUGAGCUCUGAGUGCUGAUGUGUGUAAUUUCAGUAUUAAAUCCUCACUGCGUGUUUAACUCUACUCUGAAUAUGGUCCUUGGUUUGAACAAUUGGUUCAGGAAAAUAAAUUUUAAGAAGAUUUAUCAGCAUUUCUGCAUUAUAUGCUGUAUAUUUUAUAUGCAUAUAGAUAUUCUGAGUAGGUAGUUUGUUAGAUAUCCUGAUCAAGUCAUUAAUAAACCAUAAGUUCAUUGUACGAUAUUUCACAAAUACUGUUCUGUUCAUUGAUAAGUGUUUUACAGUUUCAUAUCUGUUUGUAAUUACUGUAUGUCUAAUUACAAACCUCUAUUUUAGAUUUAUUUUGGUUAUUAACAUCCAACUUUAAAUGUAAUAAGAUUCUAAUUAAAUGAAAAGUUUUAAAAAAGGUUGUGAUGAAAUGUCAUGUUUUUGUUCUAGUUUUGUGUAAUUCUGCUUUGUAAUGUAGAAUUUCUAAUAUUUAUUAGUGUUUUAAUCUAAUUACCGAUUUUUAAAAUUCUUUGCAUCAUAAAGCCUGUAUUUGAGAAUGAAUUGUCUGAUAAUCCUUUUGAGAAAAAUAA